CCAUAUCCCCCUCUUUCUGGUCGACUCCCUCUGUGUGGCAGUGCAACACUCAGUGAGCUCUGAUGGCAGUGUCAGACAGGUUGAGCGCUGCUGAGAGUGCUGUGAGGCUGAAGAUCACCUGGUUGUGAAAUCUGGAACAAGAGAGGACAAAAAAAGGAGUAGCAGCAUCUGUGGAGUGCCAGGGUCUCUCUCUCUCCCCACCCACCUCUCUCUCUCUCUCUCUCUCUCUCUCUCUCUCUCUCUCUCUCUCUCUCUCUCUCUCACUCACAUACAUACCACACACACAGACACUCUCUCCUUGCCUCUCCCUUCUUCCCUCUCUGUCUGUCGCCUCCACUCUCCGAUGCUGUUGUGGUGAACAGCAGGGCACUCUCCGCUGAGCUGCAUGGAGGCACAGGGAGGGGCAGGGAGCCCAGAACCCAAUAAAGACAUUCAGAAGCUGCUGAAGCCCUCCAGCUCAGGGGAUUUAUCCAAGGAGCUGUUCCACCACCCAGUUGGGGAGGAGGAGGGCGGCCUGUCAGGGCACACUACUGGCCUGCUGCACGUCACUGAGAGGAGACGUGAGUACCGGGAGCCCCUGAGUAGCGUGUCUUCUUUGGAGGUGCACUUUGACCUUCUGGAUCUCACAGAGUUGACUGACAUGUCUGACCAAGAACUGGCUGAAGUUUUUGCUGACUCUGAUGAGGAGAACCACAACGAGUCCCCAGCAGGUCCCCACCAGCCUGUGCUGCCCAGAGGCGGGUACAUGCGCUCACCCUCAUGGACACGCUGCAGCAAGGCUGAGCCGCCGCGAGAGAGAAAACACCACAGCGACUCAGACACCACAGAGCCCUUAAUGAAGCUAGAGAGGCCUAAGCAGCCAUGAUGUCCGAUGUGAAACACCCAGGCCGUACACUGAGAGGAAACCCAGAGCAGACACAGCCAGGGUGGGAACAGAGAGCGGACCAGGAAGCUCCCAUCUGCCACUGGGCACUCACACACGUAUCUUGGUGCUGAAUAUCCUCGUUCAGAUUGAAGUCUGGACGCUGUGCUCUGCACUGUAACUAAAGAUGUUGAGAUGUGCAAUACAUAUACUCUCCUAGUUUCCCCCUCCCUCGCCCCUACCCCCACCAACAACAAACACACAGACACAUACACACAUAAUCAUUGUUCUUCAUGCAAGGGGUUAUUACUGUGCUCUGGGCUGCCAGAAAUUUUAAGCUUUGAAUUUGGAUGACAAACAGGGUAUGUGGCCAGCAGAACAAUGGCACCUCCAUCCUUUCAGCCUCAGAUACAGCCUGGAGGGUAAGACCGACGGUGACUUCCCAUGUGAUGGCCAGGCACUGGAAUUCACACUGAAUUCACUGAGUAUGAGCUGAAACAUCAGGCAAUAGUGUGUCACUUAAAAUUAAUAAUUAGAUCAAGCUGAGACCAUUACAGUAUGUGUUGCCUGAAAAUGUGACUGGAGUAUUUUAUUUUAUUUUUUGUGAAUGACACUAUAAGGUAUUUUGAGUAGUGGCAUUGGGUUUCAGUGAAGCCAGUCUCUAAGUUUAUAUUUCUUCCAUCACACUUCCUCCAUCCUUAUGACAAAAUGUGUGAUGUUUUUGGAAUUGCCUGGAAAAAGUUUGCACUUCUCUUGCUGAAUUUAAUUUACAGUACCCUCCAGAAUUAUUGGCACGUUUGGUACAGAUAACUCAAAAGGCUGUAAAAAUUUGUUGUUGUUUUUUUCCCCACUAAAUUUGUUUAAAAAGUGUUUUCCAUCUUAUUUUUCAUUUUGAAAAUGAUGGGUGCCACAACUGCUGGUAAACUAAUUAAAGUCAUCCAAAGGAACAGACUGGUGGUGAAAUUAAACUGAUCCAGUAUAUACAGAAGAUGAGCAAUACUUGAAGCUUGAACUGAAAUGUGAACAGCAAUAUAGUUAGGUGGAGUUCAAUGUUUUGCAUGAAUGCCAAAAUACAUUAAAGUGCCAACAAUUUUGUAAUCAGCUUUUACAAAAUGAAUUUAACCAUAGACAAAAUGAAAUGAUGCAAAUUUUCUUAUUUUUCUAAGCAGUUUAUAGCUGAUUGCUUGUUUUAUUUUUUCUCACUGUUAAGCUUGUCUUUACCAACAGUGCCAAUAAUUCUGAAUACUGUGGAUGAACACUAUGGAUCAAAACUGACACUGGGAUGGUAGAAGAAUAAACAAUGUCUUGAGAGAAAA